CUAGUCCACUACGGCACCAAUCCAUACCAGCAUCUCCCACGACACUUACAGCUAGUUGACAUCCACAUCCAAGGUCGUGGCCGAGGCCGAGACCUUCAAUUGGCUUCUUUUUUAAUUUUUUCCUCUCUUUUUUGCUUCAGGUACUUCGCUGCUGCUCCUGCUUCAGCUUAAAAUAAACCGAAUGUUAAUAAUUUCUGGUCAUCUCUGCUAAUUAAAUUUCCCAGCACACACAUUUUGAAUACUCUCUCUCUUCUUCUCCUCUCUUUCUCUCUCCUCUUUGCUCUCUUUCUCUCUCUAAUUCCUGCUCAAAUUUGAACCAAAACCCCUCUUUAGAUUUCGAGGGAAAAUAAAAAAAUAUGGACGGAAAUACACAGUACAAUCCUCGAACUGUUGAAGAGGUUUUCAGAGAUUUCAAGGGUCGAAGAGCUGGCAUGAUCAAAGCUCUUACUACUGAUGUUGAAGAAUUUUACCAGCAAUGUGACCCAGAGAAGGAGAACCUUUGUCUAUAUGGAUUUCCAAAUGAGCAGUGGGAAGUGAACUUGCCAGCAGAAGAGGUGCCUCCAGAACUCCCUGAGCCUGCUUUGGGUAUUAACUUCGCCAGAGAUGGCAUGCAAUCAAAGGACUGGCUGUCGCUUGUUGCUGUUCAUAGUGAUGCAUGGUUGCUUUCUGUUGCCUUCUACUUUGGUGCCAGAUUUGGUUUCGAAAAAUCUGAUAGGAAGCGUCUGUUUAAUAUGAUCAAUGACUUACCUACAAUAUUUGAGGUUGUAAGUGGAAAUGCAAAGAAGCAAUCAAAUUCCAAAGAGAAGACAUCAGUUUCAAACAACAGCAGCACCAAAUCCAAAUCAAACUCAAAAUCAGCCAAGUAUUCUUCAAAAGGGCCACAACCACAAAAGGAUGAAGAAGAUGGUUUGGAUGAGGAUUUUGAAGAGGAACAUGGCGAUACGCUUUGCGGGGCUUGUGGAGAUAAUUAUGCUUCAGAUGAGUUCUGGAUUUGCUGUGAUAUAUGUGAGAGAUGGUUCCAUGGGAAGUGUGUAAAGAUCACUCCAGCUAGGGCUGAGCAUAUCAAGCAGUACAAGUGCCCAUCAUGCAGCAACAAAAGAGCAAGGCCUUGAUCUUUUUGUUUCAAGUUGACAAUUCUCAUCACUUCUAUUGUACUUCCACUCGUUUGUGGUUAUUCUGCUAAUUGUGUAGGUGGUAGCUCUUAGUGUCAUGCGUUAUCAGGUGUUACAUUUGUGUCCAGACGUGUGUCUAGAAUUAUGUUUAUUCUAUCAGUUAGCUUGCAGAUCACUAUGUUAUCUUAUCAACUGUGCAUUCAGAUUUGUAAUCUACGUUGUAGGAAGUACCCUGUCACUAACUAUUUUCCACUAUUCUGAAAUCAGUUGUUGAUUUUCAGAAGAAUGCAAUUUAUUGUGUGUCCAGAGUUCUUUAA